GAAAGGGAAGGGAAUUUCAUGCUAAAGCUGUAGUCUGUGAUCAAUGCUUGAAAUCUGAAGAGGAGCGGGACGGAAACUGAGAGGAGGGAAGACUGUGGCUGUAAUUGGAAGUCGGAGGACGGCUCAGUCAGGGGAGGGCUCCAAGAUCUCCAGGACAGGCAUGACGAACGGCAGUGACCAUGGAUCCCCCUCUUCGCUUUGGCGUUUCAAACGGAGCAACCAAAAAAAGCAUGACAAAUCCGAGUAACGAAAAUGAGGCGGUGAACCAUUAGCUGACUUAACCUUUCCUGCCAGCCAUACACCUCAAGACCUGCAGGGGAAGGACGGCCACAGAUAAUAAUCGCCUGAUGCAACACUUUCAGGAACUGACAGUGUGAUACCCAGGCAUUGCCCGGAGCUGUCACAAACUGCAGCUCAACCUGAAAGUAAAGUUGCUGGAGGAGUAUGGGCCGUGGAGUUCAGAGCACUGAGUUGUCCCCUGGAUGUCAGACCCCCAGGAACAAAUGAGUAGCAGUGGAUUUGGCAGCCUGCUCCAGGGCAGGCGUUUCUACUGCCGGGAAUGGGCCCUGGACAAGCUGCGGCGCUGCCUGGACACCCGCACCGUGCCGGGACAUCCGCCUGGGGUGCUGGUGACAGGGGGCCCCGGAGCCGGGAAGACCGCCCUUUGCACUGAGGUGGUGUGGCCCACCUCGAAGGCAGGCCUGGCAGCCGGGCUGGCACCACGCUGCCUGGCCUCCCACUUCUGCCAGAGGGAGGACCAGAGGAGUACGGUGCUGUGGAGGUUUGUCCUGGGCCUGGUGGAGCAGCUGAUGGCCUCACCUCUCCUCUCUCCUGCCUACAAAGACAUCCUCAACAGCCCGUCUGUAUCCUCUGCUCUGGAACCUCUCACCUGUCAAAGAGACCCUGAUGACACCUUCAAGAGAGCAGUGUUGGGACCCCUGUUGGACCUUCCUCCUCCUGCCCAGACUCUGAUGGUGGUAGUGGACUCCCUGGACGUGGGACAUGGGCCAGGUCAAAGAAGUGGGAAGAGCGGCUCCAUUGCAGAGCUCCUGGCCACCAAUCAACAUCUGCUGCCCAGCUGGCUGCUGCUGGUCUGCUCCGUCCGCCGCCACAACAAGGCUGUGUGCAAGAUGUUCUCAUGUUUUCGUAAACUCUGUCUGGAUGAUCUGCGGAAGCCCCCGCCAGUCCGUGACGUGCAACAGUACAUCCUUUGCCGGCUGGAUGAAGAAGCAGCACUUCGCCGUCAGCUCACCCCUGACACUGCUGACAUGCUGAAUCUGCUGCACAUUAAGAGUGGCGGCUGCUUGCUCUUCCUUGAGCGUGUGCUGGAUGGUGUGGCAGGUGCAUUGGUAGGUCUCCGGGAGAUCCGGGACAUCCCCGGGACUCUCAAUGGUCUCUACCUGUGGUUGUGCCAGAGACUGUUCCCUCGGGGGCUCUUUGUCUAUGUCAGGCCUCUCCUCAGUGUCCUCUUGGCUGCCCCGAGCCCCCUCACACCCCAGCAGCUGUUCACAGCAGUCUGGACACAUGACACCUUGCUCAGCCUGCAGGACUUCCAGAACAAGCUCAGAACCCUCUCUCCUCUCCUGAUUGAUGGCCCUGGUGGCACCAAACUACUUUUCCAUGCCAGCUUUGCUGAGUGGCUAACGGACGUUAAGUAUUGCACACAGAGGUACCUGUGUAGCAGAACAGAGGGCCACAGCAUGCUUGCCAUGGCUCUGACUUUGCAGGGACCCCACCUGGACAUUGACAACAUUUGCCAGCUAGCCACACAUUUACUUUGCUCAGGGCACCACAAAAAUAACCCCUCAUUAUUAGCACUGUGGAUGCUGUGGGUAGGUGUGCCUGCUUUUCCUCCUAGCAGCAGUAGUUCCCUCACCACAUCCUUAAACCAACCUCAUGUUCUGGUCAAUCAGGAAGUCCUUCAGCUGUUAAUGAGGAGUGGACUCAUCUCUGCAGACUUUUUUUCAGAUGCAGACCCGAGCGUUGGAGUGCAUUGCAUAGGUGAAGAGGAGACUAAUAAACGACAGCCAUUUGAAAGGGAGGUGUCUGUAAAUAAGCUGCUAGACAGUGGGGUGUCUGUAAACCAGCCUAACUCUAGAGAUGGACAGAUCUUGCUUGCCAGUGCAGCCCAUGAAGGUUCUGCAAAUGUAGCCAAACUUCUCCUGACACGUGGAUGUGAUCCACUGGACAGUGAUCAUCAAGGUCAGACGCCACUGUCUUUGGCCUCCAGGCAGGGUCAUGUCGAAGUGUUGUCUGUGCUCCUGGAAUGGGCCAAGAGCCAGGAGCCAGAAACUGCGGUGCGGAUGAUGGAGCAUGUCGACAACGAAGGCUGGACAGCAUUGCGCUCUGGAGCCUGGGGAGGACACAGUGAGGCUGUCCGGCUUCUGCUGGAUGCAGGGGCAGAUGUGGAUGGAUGCGACAGCGAGGGCCGUACUGCUCUUAGAGCUGCUGCAUGGGGGGGUCAUGAGGAAAUUGUCCUGACGCUGCUGGACUAUGGGGCACAGGUUGACAAAGCUGACAGCAAGGGCCGCACACCACUUAUUGCUGCUGCAUAUAUGGGACAUCAUGAAGCUGUGGAGAUAUUGCUGGACCACAAUGCAGAAGUUGACUUAGCUGAUGGAGAUGGGCGCACUGCUCUGUCAGUCGCUGCUCUCUGUGUGCCGACAGCAGCUGGGGUCAAAGGUUACGGUGAGGUGGCCAGUUUGUUACUGGAGCGUGGCGCAGAUCCAGGACACAGAGAUCAUGAUGGAAUGACACCAUUGCUUCUAGCAGCCUAUGAGGGCCAUGAUGACGUAGUCGAGCUUCUGUUAGAAGCUGGAGCUGAUGUAGAUGAGACUGCUGGCCCGGAUGGCAGUAUCUCUGCUGCCGCUGCUGUUACUCCCCUGCUGGCAGCUGCAGCAAUGGGCCACAUGAAGACAGUGUCACGGCUACUUUUCUGGGGAGCGGCUGUAGACGCCAUUGAUUGUGAAGGAAGGACGGCACUCUGCCUGGCAGCAGCAAGAGGCAGCGUCGAAGUUGUCCGUGCCCUGCUGGACCGAGGCCUGGACGAGAACCACAAAGAUGACCUCGGCUGGACUCCACUGCACGCUGCUGCCUGUGAAGGCCAUCGGGCUGUGUGUGCUGCUUUGACAGAGCGAGGCAGCAUGGCACGUGUCGGCGAUAUGGACAUUGAAGGACGCACCCCUCUUGUACUGGCUGCCCAGGAAGGUCACUGGAGCACCGUCAGGCUGUUGUUGGACAGACGUUCUCCCAUUGACCACAGGGCAUAUGAUGGGCAUUCUGCCUUGAGUGCCACCCUGUUGGAGGGCCAUGCUGAGGUUGCAGAGCUGCUUAUGAGGCGAGGAGCUGAUACUGAUGUCCGGGAUGCAGAGGGAAGGCCUCUGCUCUACCUCCUGGUGCUGGAGGGUCGCCUCGAAAUGGCUGCUCUCCUUAUAGAGAAGGGGGGCGUGCCCCUGGAGUCCAGAGACUCUGAGGGCCGUACAGCACUUCAUGUGGCUUCCUGGCAGGGAUGUGUCGAUAUGGUAGACUUACUUCUAAAGCAUGGGGCAAACCCCAAUGCAAGGGAUACAGAGGGGAGACCACCAAUGCAUUCAGUGGCUUGGACAGGACAUGCUGAAGUGGGACGUCACCUCCUAGAAGCCAGUGGUGUGAAUAUAGACCUUGCUUGCUACCAAGGGGCAACAGCUUUGAGCAUUGCUGCCCAGGAAGGACAUGCUAAUAUUGUUGCAAUGCUUCUGGAAAGAGGUGCAAAUCCCGAUCACAUGGAUAAAUAUGGCCGUACUCCAGUCAAAGUGGCUGGGAAACACGGGCAUUUUAACAUUGUCAGGCUCUUGGAGAGCUAUGGAGCCAAGCCAUAUGUAGGCCUUUUGCCUAACUCUCAUACUUUCUCCCCUGUGAAACCCACCAAGAUCCUCUCCCCAGGCAUCUCAGAGACUAAUGGAGGUGAAGCCACAGCCACUACCUCCUCCUCUUCGGUAUCUUCUCCUGGCUCCACUGCAGAACGAUUCCACUCCAUGCAGAGCUCCCAAACCUCAUCCACCUGCCACUCACUAGCCACGGUGCAGACAGUGCCAGCUGACAGCCUCAGCUUUAUUCAGCAGAUCCAACAGCACUCACUGCCCCGCAGUCGUAGCCGCCCCUCCACCCUCCCCCCAGCAGGGAGCUCAGGCAUGGGCAGCCUCCAUGGAAGCAGCCAGAGGCAUCCCAAAGGCAGCCCCCCUCCCACUGUUUGCACAGUCACUGCGAUGGUGCACAACUGCGAACUGCCUCAGAAAGGCUUUUCGUCCGGACAUGAAUAUCAUGACAUGAUGAACAAACAAAACUCAAACUUUGUAAAAACAGACAGGACUAAUUACGCUGGUGGUAAAUGGCACUCAGUCAUGGCCUCCCUUGGGAUCAUGCCAGGGCAAGACAACCCUGCUGUAGGUGCUAAAAACAGAGAGAGUCCUCCUCUGGGCUACCCAUAUAGGCUACAGAGCCCACUUCAAGGGGAAGCUUGGGAUUCUCUACCCCAGAAGAACAUUUUGUCACCUGCUUGCUACAAUUUUUCCCCUGUCCCACCUUGUAGUGCCUUGCCAGAGGACAUUAUGGUCACUAUGACAACUACAGACCCGCAACUUAAUCUGAAACAGGCCAUCAAACUGCAGUUUGAGGGUCCCACCAGUGCAGCCUUACACAAGAGAGAGACACCCCUGUGACUGGUGUUCCAGUACCUGUCCAAAUGCUACACUUUCUUCACAAACCUUUUUCAUUUACAUUGGGACAAUAUGUGAGUUAGUCCUGGACAUUAAGCAACAGUAAGUUAGAGAUAGUAACUUUUCAAGCAACACUGCCAAAUACUCUGUGAUUUCAGCAUUUCCAAUGGGAAGAUCUGAUAUAUACAUAUAUUGGGGUUUGGUCAUUUAGUGAUUUAGAAAAAAUAACUGACAUGACUUGAUAGUGGAACUAAUCCUUAGUUGCAGCCCCAGUGUGUUUAUUUUCAGAUCAUUUUGUGGUAUCAAAUAAAAGAAUAGUUGUCUCUGGUGGCAGACAUCUACAUUUUAAUGACAACCUCUUUGGAUAUGGACAUUUUUGCAGUUCAAGGAGAAGGUGGUUUUCACAGUGUGCAAUGACUUUCUGGGUUCAGAUGAGAGAGGAAGUGAUUCCUUUCCCCACCCCUCUCCAGAAAGCCAGAGGAAAAGCGAACUGAAUGACAUGAAAGCUUACAUUCCUGCCUUUCCGUUGCCUGUUGUGUGUGUUGAACAGGGCUCUCACAGACAAGAUCAUGCCUAUUCAUUUAAAGUGUAAUUGUGUUUAUUUUUAACUUGGACCUUAUUUUCCCUUUGUGCUGGGGACUUUAUCAGCGCUACACUGAAGAACAGUCCCUAUUAUGGAUCACGUGCGUCUAGGUUGGGUUAUGUUUUAAAUUAUUUUUGCAAGUAAAGACCCCUUUUUUAAGCAGAAACCAACCUUGUUUAAGAACUAUGAGCUUGUGGCCUUGAUCUUUAUUGAAGCCUUUGAUAUUUACUAUAAACUGGCCUUCAUCCCCCAUACAGCAGGUCCAUCACCGACAGCCAAAUACAGUUUGCAGAAAAGCAAGCUCACCAAAUCGCGACCUUGUGUGGGGUUUAUGAUACAAACUGUAAAAGACAGCCAAGUUUACUGAAUCAGUUUGGCUCGCUCAGAGUGUGUCUGUGAGCAGGCAGGAAGGAAAGUGAAAAUUGGACCAUAAAAACUGAGGGUGGAUGUGGGAGGGUUG